AUGCGCUGCUUCUUGAUCGUGCUGCUGGCGUUGGUGGUAGGCACCAACGCUACGUUCGACUUCAAGGCCCUCCAAGACAAGGUCCGAGCUCUCUUGCGCAAGGCCGAGCACGGAGCGCUCGAUCCCAUCAUCGACGCCGCCGUCAAGGACGCGCUGGCCGAGACUGCCAAGAUCCGGCGACCGGCGCUGCAGGCCAAGCAGCACAGCGGUGGCGCGAUGCGAUUCCGCAUUCUGCAAAUUCCCGAUCUCCACUAUACCAACUUGGCGCUCUACCCGUGCGACCACAAGCCUGAUGCGAUGCAAGGGCUCUGUGUCGAGGCCUACAUGACGACUAUGGUUGCGAAAAUGCUUGACGAUGUCAAGCCCGACUUUGUCGUCUUCACCGGCGACCAACUGGAAGCGCUCCACUUUCCGCAGACGUGGCUCGGGUCGCUCGCGGCCGUCAACACGUACGCCGCCGAAGUUGAGAAGCGCAAGAUUCCAUGGGCGAUGGUUUUUGGCAACCACGAUGAGAAUUACCUCUUUGCCAACAAGCGCGUCAUGAUGGCCUACAUCGAGUCGCUUCCGUACUCGUACGCCAAGUAUGGCCCGUACGGCAUUGGCGGUGUCGGCAACUACGAGCUCCGCGUCGCCGCCGGUGCCGCGUCACUGGACUUGUAUUUCCUCGACACGGGCAAGGACGGCGCUGUCUCGGACGGCCAGAAAGCGCUUCUGCGGUCGUUUGCUGCGUCCCACGCGCCCGAGAAAGCGCCCGCGCUAGCCUUUACCACUAUUCCAGUGCCCGAGUACAACGACUUUAACGGCACCGGCCAAGGCACGAAAGGCGAAGCCGUCAGCUCCGGCGUCAAGAACACAGGCCUCUUCGACACGAUGGUCCAGAUGGGCGAUGUCCAGGCGUCGUUUUGUGGUCACGAUCACUUCAAUGACUACUGCUUUCUUCGCGGUUCGGUGCACCUCUGCUACGAUGGCGGGGUUGGCUACGGAGCGGCAUAUGCCCAGGGCGACCACCCGCGUACAGCUCGCGUGAUUGAAUGGAGCGUGUCAUCCACGAAUGAGUCGAUCGCAACGUGGCUCUACAAGCACAACAUCAAACACACCAACGACAAGUACUUUGUCUACGAGCGUGACCUGACCACCGUUUAA